AUGUCAGUCCGAAGCGUCUUCACCGAGAGAAAGCUCCCCUUCGUUUUCGCGCUCUCGGGCUUACUCCUUUUCGCCGUCGUUAUUCUCAUCACGAUCAACACCUCUACUACCCGCCUCUCUUUCAUCUCAUCUCUCUCCGACCUCCAACGAUAUUAUUCUUCUUCAGCCCUUGAACCACCACCACCACCACAGCCACGGCCGCCUCUUCCUCAAAACGUCACCGUUUUCUCUCCCGGAUCUCGGAACGACGCCUUGUCGUUUGAGAAAAUUCCUACACUUAUAAAUGCUCAUGACGACGCUGGCGAUGACGGGGAAGCUGACCUCGAUGAUGGGAAUGGUGGGUUGAGCGUGAAGUGGGAGAGGUGUAAAGGGACGGUGGCGGUGGAUAUUAUACCGUGUUUGGAUAACAUGCUGGCAAUCAAGAGGCUCAAAUCUAGAAGACAUAUGGAGCAUAGAGAGAGGCAUUGCCCAAAGCCGACUCCCAAGUGCUUGGUGCCUUUGCCUAAAUGGUAUAAGAUCCCCCUUCCGUGGCCUAAGAGCAGGGACAUGAUUUGGUAUGAUAACGUUCCCCACCCAAAGCUUGUUGAGUACAAGAAAGACCAGAACUGGGUUCGCAAGUCUGGUCAGUAUUUGGUAUUUCCUGGAGGAGGAACUCAGUUUAAAGAUGGAGUUACCAAUUACAUCGACUUUUUACAAAAGACAUUACCAGUAAUUAAAUGGGGAAAGAACAUUAGAGUUGUUCUAGAUGUUGGUUGUGGUGUUGCUAGCUUUGGUGGGUAUUUGAUGGAGAGAGGUGUAAUCACAAUGUCAUUUGCCCCAAAAGAUGAACAUGAAGCUCAGAUACAGUUUGCCUUAGAGCGUGGAUUACCUGCUACUCUAGCUGUGAUUGGAACACAGAAGCUGACAUUUCCUAGUAAUGCUUAUGAUUUGAUUCAUUGUUCACGUUGCAGAGUUCACUGGGAUGCAAAUGGUGGGAAACCACUUUUGGAGCUCAACAGGCUUCUUAGGCCAGGAGGUUUCUUCGUAUGGUCUGCUACACCAGUUUAUCAACAUGAUGAAAGACAUCGUAAUGUUUGGAAUUCCAUGGUAUCUCUUACGAAAUCAAUGUGCUGGAAGGCAGUUGCCAAGACUAGAUUUGGAAGAGUCGGGUUUGUAAUAUAUCAGAAGCCAGACUCGAAUUCCUGCUAUGAAGAACAUGAAGACAACAACAUACCUUUGUGUGAUGAGGAAGAUAAUCAGAAUCCUUCCUGGUAUGUUCCUCUAAGUGGCUGUCUUUCCAGACUUCCAGUUGAUAGCAAGGGCAAGUUCCGAAACUGGCCAUUGCCAUGGCCUCAAAGGCUCAGAAACAAACCUCUAAGCCUUUCAACCAAUGCGGAGGAACUGUUCUAUGAAGAUACCAAACAUUGGGCGGCACUUGUUUUGGACAUUUAUCUUGAUAGACUCGCUAUAAACUGGUCGAAGGUUCGAAAUGUAAUGGACAUGAAUGCUGGUUAUGGAGGCUUUGCUGCGGCACUUAUUGAUCUGCCUCUCUGGGUUAUGAAUGUCAUCCCCAUUGAUUCACAAGACACACUCUCCAUCAUUUUUGACAGAGGGUUGAUUGGAAUCUAUCACGACUGGUGUGAGUCUUUCAGUACUUACCCGCGAUCAUAUGAUCUACUACAUUCAAGUUUUCUCUUCAGUAACCUUACCCAAAGGUGUGACUUGUUAGUAGUCAUUGCGGAGAUGGACCGCAUACUGCGACCUGGUGGAUAUGUUCUGAUCCAGGACACUAUGGAAAUGAUGAAGAAACUGAGACCAAUACUUGAAUCGCUUAGGUGGUCAGUUAACUUCUAUCAAGGCCAAUUUCUAGUUGGUAAGAAAAGUUUUUGGCGUCCGCAGGCUACCUAAAUCAAGUCAUGAAUAAGAGUUCAAGUCAUGAAUAAGAAUCGUAGAGUAGUACCAGCCAUUUGGGUCUGUAGUGGUGGUGCUUCCCCACCCUCUACUAUAUUGGGUUCGAGACCCACUCUUUACAAAAACAUGAAAUAGAGGUUACAAGCAUUUUCUUCCCUUUGUAAACUUGCUCUGGACAAGAUACUGUCAGUACAUGUUUUGGGGUUUAAACAAAAGUAAAUAACUAACUUAGCCUAUUUCCUAUUAA